AUGGCUGAGGCGGAUACAGAGCUUGCUCUCUACAAUUUUACUUUCACCGACCAAUCCGCAUACGUUAUUUUUCUGCCCUAUCGAGAUGGGCCUCUCGAUUCGCAAUGGAACGUGUCGUACUCUCAGAGUGCUCAAGAUGACUGGUCAUACAGCAACAAUCUUGGGAAGGGGAUAAGCUCGCACAAAACAACUCUAGUAGGCGCGUCCGUGGAGCUUAGUUGGACAGGAACCGGAGUGUGGAUCUAUGGCACCGGCGAUCGAGCAGCAUAUACUGUCCAAAUCGACUUCGAUCCUGCGGUUUUAGGACAAGGGGAUAACGAGGGUGUUCUCUUCACUCAGACGAACCUCACGUAUGGUCCUCAUGAUCUGACGCUUACUGUACUCAACUCUCUCAUCUCCAUUACUGGUGUAAACAUCACCGUGGGACUUGGAGAUUCAGGGACUGUCCUUCAAGCUCGCAAUAUCCACGGAAUGCUCACGGGCACGACAGCUGUAAACCCAUUCUUUACUGUGGACGAGACUUGGUCCGUUGUCGAUCUAUACGCGAACCAGUCCGCGAGCUACCCAUGCAUUGCAACAUACACCUCCGGUGCAAUGUUAUCGUUUACGCUCAACGCGACGGUGGGGUUUGAAAUCUACGGCAGUGAUGAUUGGUAUCAGGGCCUCUUCACGGUCACUGUGACUUCGUCUGGUGGUACUUCUGCUGUGGCGUCUGUACCGAACAACACAAUCCAGUAUAGUCCGCGCUCCGGCUGGACUGCACUGAACCAGUUGAAGUACCUCGCGACGGGAUUGGAUAACAGGGAAACAUACAACGUACAAGUUCAAAAUUUGGGAAACACGUUCAACCUUGCAUCUGUCAUAGCAUAUGAUGCAGUCCCCAGGAGAAGAGCACGUAACGCGCGUGACUAUCCGCCUUCACCAGAGAUCUAUCCGCAACCAGAAGCGCUCGUCCAACCUGUUCCUCCUCUCUCCAAGUCAGAAUUAUCAUCAACACUGGACUCGACGGCUCUUUACAGCUCCAGCGCAGAUGGAGACCUGCAUGCUCCCGUACCGAUUGUCCAGAAUCCCGAUGUGGCUUCAAACAUGUUUGAUAGGGUCGGCUCCGCAUUUUACGAGAGGGAUGGAGGGCCACUCAUUUUACCUCCAAGGAAGGCCAGCACGCAUCGCAAGAAGUGCAUCAGCCGCCAACGCGUAGACCCCUGCCUCCUAUUCCUACUGUGA